CCCGCGCCGGCGAGGCUACCGGGUGACGGCAAGAUGGCGGCCGCCAUGGCGUGGCUGCGGCGGGGCGCUUGGGGCCCGGCCCGGCGGUGUGGGCUGGCGGCCGGCCGCAGCUACAGCGGCGGUGCCGCCUACCCCAGCGUGUCGCUGAACUGCCCGCUGCCCGGCGUGCCCAAGGCGGUCUUCGCGGCGGCCGAGGGCCGGGAGCGAUUCGAGACGCGGGUGACGGUGCUGGAAUCCGGGCUGCGCGUCGCCUCCCAGAACAAAUUCGGGCAGUUCUGCACCGUGGGCCUUCUUAUAAAUUCGGGAUCAAGACAUGAAGCGAAAUACCUCAGUGGCAUCUCUCACUUCUUGGAAAAGCUGGCCUUCUCUUCCACAGCUCAGUUUGCCAGUAAAGAUGAAAUUCUCCUCACCUUGGAAAAGCAUGGAGGCAUCUGUGACUGCCAGGCAUCGAGGGACACCAUAAUGUAUGCUGUUUCUGUUGACGCCAAAGGCCUGGACACAGUGGUCAACUUGCUGGCUGAUGUAGCGCUACAGCCCAGGUUAUCAGAUGAAGAAAUUGAGAUGACUCGAACGGCUAUACGAUUUGAGCUUGAAGACUUGAACAUGAGACCUGAUCCAGAGCCUCUCCUCACGGAAAUGAUCCAUGCGGCAGCCUACAGAGACAAUACGGUUGGACUGAACAGGUUCUGCCCGGUGGAAAAUACUGACAAAAUUGAUCGAGAAGUCUUGCAUUCAUACCUGCGCAACUACUACACGCCAGACAGGAUGGUGCUUGCUGGGGUGGGAAUCGAGCACGAGCAGUUAGUGGAGUGUGCGAAGAAACAUCUGCUUGGAGUGGAGCCGGUGUGGGGCAGCGGGCAGACCAGGAAUGUGGACAGAUCUGUGGCUCAGUACACAGGAGGCAUUGUCAAGGUUGAAAAAGAUAUGUCAGAUGUGAGUCUGGGCCCUACUCCCAUCCCAGAGCUUACCCACAUCAUGAUUGGGUUAGAAAGCUGCUCAUUUUUGGAAGAAGAUUUCAUUCCCUUUGCAGUAUUAAACAUGAUGAUGGGAGGUGGUGGCUCUUUUUCAGCUGGAGGGCCUGGCAAGGGCAUGUUCACCCGACUGUAUCUCAAUGUGCUCAACAGGCACCACUGGAUGUAUAAUGCAACCUCUUACCACCACAGUUACGAGGAUACCGGUCUCCUGUGUAUACAUGCCAGUGCAGAUCCAAAACAGGUUCGAGAGAUGGUGGAAAUCAUCACAAGAGAAUUCAUUCUAAUGGCAGGAGCAGUAGGAGAGGUAGAACUUGAGCGAGCAAAGACACAGCUGAAGUCCAUGCUCAUGAUGAACCUUGAGUCUCGGCCAGUUAUCUUUGAGGAUGUGGGAAGGCAAGUGUUGGCAACAAACACAAGGAAGCUACCACAUGAGCUCUGUGCCCUGAUCAGCCAGGUAAAAUCUACUGAUAUCAAGAGAGUGGUUGCUAAGAUGCUCCAUAAAAAACCAGCUGUGGCUGCACUGGGUGACUUAACAGAUUUGCCCACUUAUGAACACAUCCAGGCAGCGCUUUCCAGUAAGGAUGGGCGACUCCCUCGGGUGUACCGGCUCUUCCGAUAAAGCAGUGCAUCCUGCACGUCUGACAGACUUGCUCCUUUUAAAAUUUGUUUUUGAGAUUAUAUUAUUGCUGCAAGCCCUUCCCCCCCAUCUUUCCAGGCAUACUGUGUGAGAACAUGGAGCUAUGCUACAGCUGAACAAAGCUGCUUCAGAACACGGGACUGUGAAGAGCUCGUUAUGUUGGGCUUAAAGGUCCUCCCUGGCUCUGGAUGAGUACUCUGACCCUCUGAGUAGGUUACAAGUGAAGAUGGGUGUGUACAGCCUUCUCUUGGCACCGGGGAGAACACAGCAAGCCAAAAUAUUCAUCACUGCAACUGAAAGCAUCUAUCUGCAAAGUCGUCAGUCACUGCUGCGUGUUACUACUUAAUCCCAUCAGCAAUAGACACUCACAUUGGAGGCCCUGGAGUGUGCCCUUCUCUGGGAAUGUGGUGGUGUGUUAAAGAGCUGGGCUUACAUAGCUGAAUUCAAAGAAUACUUACAGCUGUUACCAAGGUGAACAAAGACUUGGUUAAACUGAAUUAGGAAAAUACCAGCUACUAUCCAUGUGAAGUUAGGCAACAAGUUUCCUGCAGUCCAGGUUUUGUUUCAAGCAUCACUGAUCCAUUUCCUCAGUGUAAUUUACCAUCUCUAGUACUACUAGAAGUCACAUGUCUGGAAGUAACUUCAUAAUUUUGCUAGUGGUCAGAGGAAAGUAGACCUGUGGCAUAACUAACAAUUUCUGGGACAGCCAUCUACAGAGAUACUAUGCAUAAUGAUAGACACAUUGCAGAAUUAAAGCAAUCCUAUUCUUUAGGUUUCUCACUUGCAAGUGAACUAUGCUAAAGAAUAAAAGUUUUACUCCAGAGUUACAUCCACACAGGCACUUAUUAAAGGAGUUGCUGCUGCACCCUGCUUUCUUCGGAUUGUCACGUGGAUGAACUUAAGGCCUUGCAAAAAGAAGACAUAAUUGUCAGUCUGAAGCAGAGAUGGAGCUCAGCUAGGAGUCAAGAUCAGCAAAAUGAUGUUCAGAAAGCUCAAGAUUGGGGCUGACAUGAAGCUAAGUGCCAUGCAUUUGCUAUACUGAAGCAAUGGAGACCUAAAAGGAAAUAAAUAAAACAUGCAAUUUACAUAAUCCCCUAACAUGGGCUUAAAAAUGUAGACAGCUGCAUCGCAGCACUUCACUGGCUCAAUGUGCACUGUAAGGAGCAAUCAAACUGGGAGCAGAACACUGAGGCAGCUAUUACCUGCUUUAUCCCCAUACCUUUCCUCAUACAUCUACAAGAAAACAUUUGCAUUGCUUCUUGUGGAACCCACAGUAUGGAAAUCCUGUUCAGUUGUUGUGUAUGUUUGUAAGAAAAUAAAGAGACCUCUAAAUCACUGGA